UCGAAAAUCUUUCAAUCGUUUUCUCUCCGAAAAUUUAUUCACACAUUUAAAUGAAAAGGAUCACCCUGGUCCAUUCCAUUUAAAAUAAUUUUUCUGUGGUCCAAAUUUUAAGUUUUUUUUAAAAUGUCUCACAAUCGAGGUCAAGACCCCAUGGACAGGUCGAUAGUCAAGAAACUUCCCCUGCUAAAGUCUAGCAUUAAUCCCUACCGACCAAAGCCAAUGUUAACGCGCAGCAAUUCCCCACAACUCGAGAACGACAAGCGCAAUGGACUGGACGUGCAGCUGCCAGAGGAGACAGAUCCAAUAAUUGCAAAGCGAGUGCGAUGGGCUCCAAUCUAUGGAAACAGGAGCUCGAGUAAGACCUCCACUUACAUCACUUCUAUGAGCAACAAACAAAUCCGAUUCGAUCAGGAUACUCCAGAUGAGGAUAGAAUGGCCAACGAACUCCGAUUAGCCGUACAUCGCGGUGGUGGUUCCAUUGAUCCCGAGAAGAAUUACGAGCUGCGCGCUCGACUGUCGCCCCUGCAGCUGCCCUACAGUCGUGUCCAGCGGAUUCUUAAGGAGUGCGAGUUGAAUGAGAGGAAUAAUAACACCUUCAGUCUGCCCAUGGACUUCGGUCGCCAACUGGUUGCCAUGGUUUGCAAGGUCAGGACGGAUAAUCUCAGCGAUCUGAAGAUGCGUCUGGCACCCUUGCUGAGGCAAAGCAAGGCGCGCUUCUUCAAUCGACAUUUAUUUUACGAAACUGGUUUGAUUGAGGCUACUCUGCCCAGCAAAUCACCAUUAAGUUUUGAGGAUCUUAAUCAAACAUUAAGAACAGAUUCAGUGUGGUGCAAGGUCACCGAAAGCGCCAUCAUCGAUCUAGAAAAGUGCGCCGUUUUGUUUAAGUGUCGGCCGCAGGAGCUGCGAGAGGUUACUGAAAAAUUACGGCAGUGCAGCUAUAAAAUUAUGCACACCGAAGUGGGACAGUGCCCAAAAAAACCUCUGGUGGAUUUAACUGAGCGGCAAAUGAAGCGUUACAAGGAAUUUCGCAAAAAAAUUCUACAGGACGAAGACGUUGUAAAAAUCUAUGACAAUGUGCGUGCCCUGUAGUUCAUAUAAUCAUAUUUAUUGAAAAUGCCAUGGGGUCGCUAAAAAUUAAUAAAAGUAAAAGCCAAAUUUUUGGUGAACUUUUAAAAGAUGUUUUGGUUCGUUAUGAUGUCGUGAAUAAAAAUUUUAUGGAUCUGAA